AUGUGACCAAAUCUGCUGGGUCAAAAGUAUACAUACAGCAAUGUUAAUAUUUGGUUACAUGUCCCUUGGCAAGUUUCACUGCAAUAAGGCGCUUUUGGUAGCCAUCCACAAGCUUCUGGCAAGCUACUGCUUGAAUUUUUGACCACUCCUCUUGACAAAGUUGGUGCAGUUCAGCUGAAUUUGUUGGUUUUCUGACAUGGACUUGUUUCUUCAGCAUUGUCCACACGUUUAAGUCAGAACUUUGGAAAGGCCAUUCUAAAACCUUAAUUCUCGCCUGAUUUAGCCAUUCCUUUACCACUUUUGAUGUGUGUUUGGGGUCAUUGUCCUGUUGGAACACCGAACUGCGCCCAAGACCCAACCUACGGGCUGAUGAUUUUAGGUUGUCCUGAAGAAUUUGGAGGUAAUCUUCUUUUUUCAUUGUCCCAUUUACUCUCUGUAAAGCACCAGUUCCAUUGGCAGCAAAACAGGCCCAGAGCAUAAUACUACCUCCACCAUGCUUGACAGUAGGAAUGGUGUUCCUGGGAUUAAAAGCCUCACCUUCUCUCCUCCAAUCAUAUUGCUGGGUAUUGUGACCAAACAGCUCAAUUUGUGUUUCAUCUGACCACAGAACUUUCCUCCAGAAGAUCUUAUCUUUGUCCAUGUGAUGUCUUUACAAGUGUAUGUAAACUUUUGACCACGACUCAAGACCACUCACAAGGCAGUGCAUCUUGAAGAGACGGUCUGAAAGCAACUUGAAGACGGUCUCGAAAACAAUCUAUGCAAAAUGUUGACCAAAGCGCCACCAUUACAUGUAAUGUAGACCACAAGAAAGUGUGUUCCGUAUAGAAAUGGACAAGUUGUGAAAUUAUUAGGAAGAUACUUCUAGAACUUCCACACAGGACCCCUUUAUUUUAAUGUCUUAAAUAAAAUUACAUAAAACUACGGCUGUGCGAGGGGAAUGAAAAAAUCACUCCCGAACAUUCAACAUCUUUUUAAAUGUCAGAAGUACUGUUAAUAACUGUACAACUCAGUCAUAAUGUGACUUAAAUCAACAAAAUGGUGUCGAUCUCUUACGGCUUUUGGUUUGUAUCGUUAAAAUUCUCUUUUGACUUGUUUGUACGGAAAGUAACAAACACAGCCAAACCAAGGCAGACAAUUCCAACGAUGGCUGCUGCGACUGACACCGCCAGCAUGGUGUCGUUCACAUGAGGCUGACGAACACCUGACGACAGAGGAAACCACAUUUCUGUGACAUCACGGAAGGCCCCCUGCUGUUGUACAAAAAGCUCAAAAAUAGAGGGGAUGUGUCAGUGACAACGUUGUGACUGAAAAACAGCAAUGGAGGUGAAACUGAAGCUUGGCAUCUUCUUGGCACUGACACAUGUUUCGCUUGCUGUUUGGCAACGAGUGACUGUGAUGAAGGGUCGGACUGUGAGGCUUGCCUGCUCAAUUUCAAAUGCACAUAAGCAACACAUUGACUGGAAGAACCCUGAUGGCUACACUAUGUUCUUCAAUCACAACAAGGCUUUAAAGGACAAGCGUUACAGCAUAAGUAAACUGACGGAGUCGCAAUUCGCCAUCAGUAUUUCCAAUGUCUCUUUUAAAGACGGGGGAAACUACACAUGCUCUCAGUAUGGCCAUCAUUUAACGGAAAAGAAAGUGGAAUUGACAGUGUUAGGUGUUCCAAAAAUAAGAGUGACAAAGCAUGACGGGAUGUUUGUCAUACAGUGUACUGCUGAGGGGAACCAUUUUCCUCCUCAGAUCUCUUGGAAGUUUGAUUACGGACCUGAAUUUUUGGGUAAUGCCCAAGCUAAAUACGAGGGUAAAAAGUAUGUUUCCAUGGAUAUGGUACAUUUGCGGUCAGUAAAUACCAGAGUUGCAGUGAAAUGCAUUGUUCGCCAUCCAUGUCUGCAUUUACAACCCCUGAUGAACUUUGUCAAAAUUGGCAAAUACUUACCAGGUUCAACUACUACAAAAAAUCUAUUUAUAUGGAAUACAACAAGCACACCGGGUACCGUAGUCACUGUUUGUAAAGAUCAAAAUACAUCUUCCUCUGAGGGAGCCUAUAACAACACAAGUGGAAAUACAACAACCAUGUCCAAUGACCCAGAUAUGCAAACAGGGCAUAGACAAACUUCACCAUUACUAGUCUUCUUGGUGGCAUGCCUAAUUCUUGGUCUGCUUGCAGUGGUCAUUUGUUUUGUCCUGAAGCUACGAAGAGCACAUAUCACCUGGGAAAAAGAAAAUGAAAUAUCUGACCCUUCAGAAGAGAGCGGUAAAUCAAAAUCAAGUCAAGAAGAAAAAGUAUCCAGGGGUCACAAUCGACGAGGGCUCUUCAGGACAGCUUUUACACAAUAUGCUGUUGAAAAAGCCACCAUAACUUCAAAAGGACCAGUCAUUGAGAUGGCAGUUGAGAGAGAGGAGGCGUCUUCAUCAUCAAAACCCACUUUGGCCGAAUGUGACAUGCAGGACACAGAGCUUUCACCAUGACGUGCACACAGUCCCCAUCCUCACAAUCAGGACCAGUCAAAUUAUACAUUAGCUUAGCUUUAAUUAUUGGCAGAUUGGAAGUACAUUAAAAGUUAGUAUUCUUGUAGUAUCUUUAUGUUUAACAGACACACUGUGGGUUUAUACUAUAAACACAUACUGGCAAAGGAAAGGGUCAAGUAUUUACUGUGACCUGCCCACACAGUGUCACUGUUCAAAAAAGCAUAUUAAAUAUACUUGUUAAAUAAAAUCUGCUUUGUUUUUAAUGAAUACGUAGGCUCACUAUGCUGUCGUAUUUAGAUGGUGGUACUUAAAGAGUCAAGUGUUUUUUGAAGUGGUACUUGGUGAACAUGUUUGAGAACCACUGCUCUAAUAUAUAGAAACUGAACAAGUCUGCUUAAAAGUUGACCAUGGGACUGUCCAAUCAAGUUAAUUUUCAAUGAAUUAUUGACUUAUUUUGAUCACCUUUAACAGCAUUUAUGUAUACAGGAGAAAUUCAAAAAAAUGUGAAUAUCGUGCAAAGUUUGUUUAUUCCAGCAGUUAUAUUUACGAGAUAAAUAUAAUAAAUGACAUAGGCUCAUAACAUGCAACUCAAGAUAUUUAAAGCCUUUUUUUUAAUUAAAUUCUUAUAGCUUACAGUUUAGUAAAACCUCAAAUUGAAAAUUUCUGAAAAUUUUGGGUUUUUUAAAUUGUAAUACAUGAUCACCCUUAUAACAAAGGCUUGGCAUACUGCAUCUUAUUUGGCAUGCAAUGAGUUUAAGUCAAA